GGAAGGAAGGAAGGAAGAAAGAAAGUCGACGAAAAGGUGGAUCAAAUUUGAAAGGUAGAAGGAAGACACCGAGGAGGAGAACGCAAGAUAUCGACAGAGAGAUAAAGAGAGAGCAAGUGAAAGAGAAAUAGAUCUUUCACCUUGUCUUAGGUGAAGGAAAGAGAGAAAGAGAAGGGGAAAGAGAAAGAGUAAGAGUAAGAGUAAGAGAAAGGGGUAACGUAGUCGUGCGAGGCGGAGGAGCGAUAAGCAGCGGCAGGAGCAGCCACGGAGGCAGAGCGAGAGACGUGGAGUGAACGGGCGAUAAUCGAGGAUUUGAAUGGGUGGGCCGGGAGCCGGUAGGGUUAGCAGGCACGAGCUGAACGCGGUGCCAAAGAGCCACGUCGGUCACGGGGAUCGAACCCUCGUAAUCGGCGAGCCAGCAGCACCGGCAUCACCAGCAUCGUCACAGGUCUGUCGGUGUCAUUCGACAUCGGAACGCGCGAUCUCGGCAUCCGGCCUCGUCCCCGCUCAGCUGCCGCCUUCGCCGCCGCCUCUCGCCUCUCUGCAUAUCGCCGUCGACACCAGCUGCGCUGCCUUCAGCAACAACAAUACCACCGGGUCGCCGAACGCGGUCUCGGACGGCACCAAGACUGCUGCUACCAUGUCCUCGCCGCCCAAGCAUCGUAGGGGCUUCGACCCCAACGACGUAAACGCCAACGAUUAUCGCCGUUAUCGUCGCGUUAAGACGAGACGAUCGCUGCCGAAACUCAGCAGCCAGGACGAGGAUGGGCCGAACCCCCACACCCAAUAUGCAGGCGUCACGCACUUCGAGCCCAUACCGCACGAUCAUGACUUUUGCGAACGGGUCGUCAUCAACGUGAGCGGGUUACGGUUUGAGACGCAGCUGCGUACGCUGAACCAAUUUCCGGACACGCUCCUUGGCGAUCCAUCGCGACGGCUCCGAUACUUCGAUCCGCUUCGCAACGAGUACUUCUUCGACCGGAACCGACCAUCCUUCGACGCGAUACUUUACUACUACCAAAGCGGCGGCAGGCUGCGUCGUCCGGUCAACGUUCCCCUCGAUGUCUUCUCCGAGGAGAUCAAGUUCUAUGAGCUGGGCGAGCUGGCCACCAACAAAUUCAGGGAGGACGAAGGGUUCAUCAAGGAGGAGGAGAAGCCGCUGCCGACGCACGAGUUCCAGAGGAAGGUCUGGCUAUUGUUCGAGUACCCGGAGAGCUCGCAGGGCGCCCGGGUGGUCGCCAUAAUAUCCGUGAUCGUGAUCCUCCUGUCGAUCGUGAUAUUCUGCCUGGAGACCCUGCCCGAGUUCAAGCACUACAAGGUCUUCAACACGACGACGAACGGCACGAAGAUCGAGGAGGACGAAGUGCCGGACAUCACGGACCCGUUCUUCCUAAUAGAGACUAUUUGUAUCAUCUGGUUCACGUUCGAGUUAUCGGUGCGCUUCCUCGCCUGUCCAAAUAAACUGAACUUCUUCCGUGACGUAAUGAACUUCAUCGACAUCAUCGCGAUCAUUCCUUACUUCAUCACGCUCGGCACCGUGAUGGCCGAGGAGGAGGAGACGAUUGAUCUGCCGAAGGCGCCGGUAAGCCCGCAGGACAAGAGCACGAACCAGGCCAUGUCCCUGGCGAUACUCAGGGUCAUCAGGCUCGUCAGGGUGUUCCGGAUAUUCAAGCUGUCCAGGCACAGUAAAGGCCUUCAGAUCCUCGGCCGUACGCUCAAGGCCUCCAUGAGGGAGCUCGGCUUGCUCAUCUUUUUCCUCUUUAUCGGUGUGGUGCUAUUCUCAUCGGCGGUAUACUUCGCGGAGGCCGGCUCCGAGAAUUCGUUCUUCAAGUCCAUUCCGGACGCGUUCUGGUGGGCCGUUGUCACGAUGACGACCGUGGGCUAUGGUGACAUGACGCCCGUGGGAGUCUGGGGGAAGAUCGUCGGCUCUUUGUGCGCGAUCGCUGGUGUGCUGACGAUCGCACUGCCUGUCCCCGUGAUCGUCUCCAACUUCAACUACUUCUAUCAUCGUGAGACUGACCAGGAAGAGAUGCAGUCGCAGAACUUCAAUCACGUGACCAGCUGCCCGUAUCUCCCUGGUCAACACUUAAAGAAGAGCUCGAUGUCGGAGUCAUCGUCGGACAUAAUGGAGCUGGAGGAUGGCAUACUGCUCACUCAUCCCGAGAUUUCGAAGAAGCCGAACUGCAACCCUCGCCAUAAUAACAAUAUUAAUCCAGCCUGUAUGAGCAUCGAGACUGACGUCUGA